GGUUAUAGAUACUGGUCAAACAGCCGCCCAGGUUUCACCAGCUUGUGGAGUACGUUUCUUUAUUGAAUUUCCAUUGUGUUCUGGAUGAAAAGAGGAUGAUCUUGCUGGGAAAUCGCUUGAGGGUGUGUUUGCUGUGUUCAGUUUUGGUGCUUGCUGUGAAGUGUUGUGGAGGAACUAAAGAUGACUGUCAAGUCUCUCCAGAAGACAAACCUCCACUGGGGAUCAGAGACGUCAGUCCAGUUCCUCAGAGUGAAGCCUUCUUCCAAAAAGGGAGUUACCUAAAACCUAAGCUGAUUGAUUUUGCUAGUAUUUAUCACACACACAAAGCCAGGUGGUCCAGCAGCCUGAUUGGUUCUGCAGAAACAAGGAAUACUGUGUACAAAGAAGCAAUGAACCAGAUUAACCAGCCCAGUACUGCUAAUUUCAACAUUACUAAAGCAGAGGUUUUUGGUGUCAAACAAGACAGAAAAACGUUAACCUUACCGUUUGAAGGUUUUGCUAUGACCCCUGGUCAGUUUUCUCCCUCAGAGGUUGGCCAAAUAAGCAAAGUCAGUGUCUCUCCACUGCAGGCAGAACUGAGCACUCCUCCACUGCUGCAGAGUGAGCCUAGCAUGCUAAGUAAUGCUAACAUUCUGCUCCAGCACACAGUAAUGGACAGCAGGAGUCCUAAAAAUUACAAAUUACAACAAAAUAAUCAUGUUUAUUCACAGAUAGAGCCCUCUCCACACACAUACACAACUGAAGAUUAUUCAAAAGAAGCUCAAAUUGACUUCCAAGGCUUUGCCAGAGCCCAGGAGGACACUGGUGUUUCUGGUGCAGCGAACGUAGGAUAUGCUCAUUCAACCUUACGGUUUCUAAAGCCCCAAACCAAACCAGUGACUCAGGAUUCCAGGAGCACUGAUGAUCUCAGUAAAUCUGAACCCUCUGCCAGCACUAGUGAGACUACUGAGGACAUUAAACCUGCAGCGAGCCAUUUCAGAUCACAGCAAGCAUGGGAAGCUUCAGCUCAUCGUCAGCAGUCUGGAAAGAUACAGCAUGGCAGUGGGCCUCUGCCACUCCCAAAGUACAGUGGAAUGUCCCAUACCACUACCCAUCCUGGCAAAUGGAAGAAACCUGGUUUGAGUAUGAAUGUACAGCUCAACACGCUCAGCUCUAACCAAGCCACGAGAAGUUUAAACCACAGUGCCACAGGAAAGUUUAAACCUUUUCAAAUUAAGGGGCCAUGAGAAGACCCUUUCCCCGGUCUUUUAUAUACUGAUGCCUCUUUGACUCUGCUGGAAACCUUUGGUCAAUAAAUGAUUUUCACCCAAA